AUGGGUCAACUGAUCUCAAACAUGAUUAAGGAUCUCUUCAAAAAUAAGGAAGCUCGAAUUUUAAUGUUAGGUCUCGAUGCGGCAGGUAAAACAUCCAUUCUCUACAAGAUUCAAUUAGAUGAAAAUGUAACAACCAUUCCAACCAUAGGUUUCAAUGCGGAACAAAUCAGCUACAAAAAGAUUACCUUUACAGUGUACGAUUUGGGUGGACAGGAUAAAAUUCGUUCUCUAUGGAGAUAUUAUUAUGAGAAAACAGAUGCCAUCAUUUAUGUAUUGGAUUCCAAUGACACUGAUCGAUUUGAUGAAGCAGGACAAACCCUUAAACAAGUGAUGGAGAAUUCCUUAUUAGAACAUGCAAAAUUGUUGGUGUUUGCGAAUAAGCAAGAUCUUCCUCAUGCUGCCAAAGUGAGUUCCAUUGUUCAACAACUUGAUUUAAAUUCGAUCAAACAAGAUUGGUUUAUUCAGCCUUGCUCUGCUUUGACUGGUAAUGGCUUAUUUGAAGGACUUGAUUGGUUGUCAUCAAAACUGUAA